GUGGAGCCGCGACGCCCUCCCCGGGGCACCGGGGAGCCUGGCUUUGCGUGGGGGGAGAACGGGAAGCAGAGGGGCUGUGACCCACCGGCGGGGCCGUGGGCUGCAGGCGGGCGAGGAGAGCGGGCCCACCCGCGGCCACCCCCGCCGGACCCCGCGGGGCGGGGCGGGGGGGGGUGUGUGUGUGUGUGCGCGCCUCCCCCCUCAUGCAGGCCCGGCCCGGCCCCGGCCGCAGGAGGAAAGGGGUUAAGUUAUGUAAAGCCCUUUUGGGGAGGGGUGGAGGCAGGGGCGCUGCCGGCGGAGCUGCGGCGGCUCAGGUUGGCUCAGAGCGGGCGGCGGCGGCCUGGCGCAGGCCCGCGGCGGAGGAAAAGCGGCUUAUCCCCCCCCCCCCCCCACCGCCACCCUCCGUGUUGCCAUGGAGACGGGCGGGCGGCGGCGGCGGCGGCGGCGCUGUCAGUGAGGGAUCGCACCGGGCACCGGGGCGGCGGCGGCGGCGGAGGGGAGGCCGCGGCGGCGGCGGCGGCGGCGGGCAGCGGCAGACAUGGACUCGCAGUGCGACUGUGCCGAGCCUCCGGCCGCCGAGCAGCCGUCGGGGAGGAUUAACAAAACCGCCUUCAAACUGUUCAGGAGGAGGAAAUCCGGGGGCACCAUGCCGAGCAUCUUCGGGGUGAGGAGCAAAGGCGGGGAGGGGAAAGGCGCCAGCAAAGCGGGGAUGGUGCGGAGCCGGACGCACGACGGCUUGGCCGACGCCGUGCUGGAGAGCGGCAAGAAGGAGGAACCGGGCGGCGGCGACCCGCAGAGCAAGGAGGCGCAGGGCCGGCCGGCCGGCAGCCUCGGCGUCUCCCCCGGCGGCUCGGUGGCCAAGUCGCACAGCUUCUUCGCCCUGCUGAGGAAGAACGGCAGGCCGGAGAACGGCAAGGCGGAGAGCGCGGAGCAGCGGGCUGGCGGCAGACAAAAGAAGGGGCUGAAAGGGAUCUUCAGCAGCAUGCGGUGGCAUAAGAAGGACAAAAAUGGCAAGGAGGAGAGGGGGGAAGCCUCGGAGAUGCCGUCCGGUCUUAUUAUGCCGGGGUCUUUGACUGCCAGCCUGGAGUGCAUCAAAGAGGAGACGCCAAAACCUUUGUCUGAAACUCCGACCAGCGCAGGAGACCCCGGGCUGGAGCCGCCGCGGGAGAAGCGCGGAGGCGAGGCGCACGCCUCGGCCGGGGAGCCCGAAGCGGGCGGGGGGGAGCCGCGGCCCCGCAGCCCCCCGCCCCGGGAGGACCCUGCCGCGGCUGGACGGCGACCCGAGGAGCUCUGCCGCCAGCGACCGGAGCCGGGCGCCGGAGAGGUUGGGACUGCGAAGGAUGCGGCCAUAACAGGCUGCGGAGAUAUUAUUGCGGACCAUGAGGAGGAUGUGGGCGGCGGGAGUGGCGGCUGCGAGAAGAGCACCCCCGGGCCCGGCAAGCUGGGUGUCUCCAAGAAGCACCCCACCAUGGUGGCCUACCAGGGAGGAGGGGAGGAGAUGGCCAGCCCGGACCAGGUGGAUGACACCUACCUGCAGGAGUUCUGGGAUAUGCUGUCGCAGACAGAGGAGACCCAGACAGAAGGAGGAGGAGGAGGAGGAGGAGGAGGUGGAGGUGGAGGAGGGACAAAGAAGCCCGAGGGGUUGAAGGAGAACCGAGGUACCCAGGGGGCCCAGAACAGGGUGGCGGUGAAACGUGGUGGCCUCCACCAGAUUCCCGUUCACCUCAACCACAAAGAGGAGCAGAAGGGUAGGGAGAAGGAGCAGCACGAAGGCAUCCCAAACAGCGACGAGGGCUACUGGGAUUCCACCACCCCGGGUCCUGAGGAAGAUGGUUCCACAAGCAUCCAGAAGGAGACCAUUCCCAGGGACAGCUACAGUGGGGAUGCUCUCUACGACCUCUACGCCGAGCCGGAUGAGAACCCACCAGCAGGGCCCGUGGAUGAAGAGGUCACCUGUGUGCCACGCUCCAAGCCCGUGUCUCCGAUAACGACCACGUGCUCACUGAAAACACCCUCAAGCACAGUGAAGGACUCCAAGAUACCCAUCAGCAUUAAACACCUUUCAUCGCAUCCUGCCAGCCAUGGAGCAGACGCCAGUAACAGCCAUCACAUCGCACACCAUCACCUGGCCAAAAGCGAGAUGCACAGAACAAAAAUCCCUGUCUCUAAAGUACUGGUACGCCGGGUCAGUAACAGGGGCUUAGCAGGGACAACAGUGAAGGCUGCCACAUACCAGGACAGUGCGAAAAAGUAGUUGAGUGGAGGUGGAGACAAAGAUGAACAGCAAGGACGAUGCAUGAAAGUCUGCGUAGGAGACCACAGAAAACGAAUUAGUUUUGCAUCACCUGAAGAAAGGCACCUAAAAGGCUUACUUCACUGUACUCCAUAGGCCUGCACUUCCAAAUCCCUUCUUACUAGACAGUGUGACUGAAUAUAAAAAGUCGACUUCUUUUUGAGCACUUUUUUUUUUUUACAUUUGUAUCUUUUUUCUGCAGCACUAAACACUGGGGAGGUUCAUUUUUACAUGCCUUUUUGGAAGCAGGACUUGGAUUAUGAACCUAAAUGAGCAUCCUUCCUCACGCAAAGCAGUGCCAUGAGUUCUUCAAGGGAACAGAGUUACAAAAGGAGCAACACGAGAGGUUCUCCAAUACGCUUCUCUUUUAAUCAUUUCUGGGGGAGGAGUGGAGGGUGGGUGCCUGGCUCCGAAAAUGGUGUUUGCUCUACAAGAUGUUGGAAAAAAUGCCAAGCAAAAAACAACCAACCUAACAGGUAUUUUACCUGCUGUAGGAACGAGAGCACUGCUCAGCAGCAGAGUUGAUUGACUUGUGUGCAGGAGCUAACUAAGGAGUUAGAUGGACUUGUCUAACAGGAAAACAUAUUUUUGUUUGUCCGUCUGUCUGGUUGGUUUUGAUCUGGUCUAAUGUAAAUGGGUAACAGAGACACCUGACGUAGGUUCAGAUGUUUACAUCAAUACUUGUCCGAAAAUGCAUACAAUCAGGUUCAGGGAAACAUUUUACUAAAUGCCAAUAUAUACACACUGUUCACAUUUAUACAAUAACUUGCUCGCCAUGUGUAAAUAUAUACAUAUUUUAGUAGAUUUACUCAAUGCUACAAAUUUUUUUAUAUAUAAAAAAAAAAUCACCUGUCUGUAUUAUCUAGAGUUUAAGCAAGAGUUAGUUUUUAUAGGUAGAUAAUCUUACGGUUCUAAAAUGAUAGAACUUUGUGUAAGUACCUUAAAUUAGAGCAAAACUCUGUUUUGUAUGGGCUCAUGCAUCCCCAGAUAAGUAAGUCUGAAGUGCUGAUUUUAUUCCAGUGGCUCAUUCCAUGGGUCAGGCUGAGGUUCUGACAGCAUUGCCACUGCAAGCCUCUAUUUUCAGGGGUUUGGACAAAGUUGCUCUGGGCUUAAACCUUAGAGAGAAGGAACCCAGGAAAGAAACGUGUUUUUUAAUUAUUAUUUUUUAAAAUAUAUAAAAUUAGUUUUUGACUAUUUAAAGAAAGUUUGGGUUCUCAUUGCUUUUUAUUUUCAUUCCUAAUAAUGUCAGAAUAAUUUUACUUUAAGAGAGAAAAAGAAAUAUGGUAAGCUAGUGGUACAUAAAAUGGUCUGAUGAGCUUAGAUCUUAGGAGAAAUGUAUUAAUGGCCAGGACACUUUUGAAUGGUGGCUACUGUACAUGGGCAUUGACAACAUUUCAAAGAAAUUUAAUAGGGUUUUAAUGUGCCUGAGGACAUAUUUUUGUGAUACACUGAAAAAGCUUCAAAAAUCACUGAAGUCUAAAGGUAAAUGUUAUGUAUUUACAAAAUAUUUUGAUAUGAGUAUUUAAUCAUCAGACCACAGUUAAUAUAAAAUAUAUGCUCCAGUGUAUCUGAAAAAUAAUAUACAUUUUAAAAAUAUACAUGUCUAUAUUAUGCAGGGAAUCCUAAAUUCACAUCAUUGAAGCUAAUGGGUCUGAUCUUACAUAGCAGUUGGUUUUAUUGUCUCUUAAACUGAAAGAAGAAAAGGAAAAUAAAUAUACAGAAUAUACAUUUGAAGGAUAUUAAGGUUAUAGAUAAACCAUAAAAAGCCAGGAAAUACCAUACUAAGAAUUGUAUAUGUGUAUAUGUGUGGUUCACUGGGGAAGGGACACUGUAGUCACGAGGGUAAAAUUGGCAUCUAGUUCUGAAAUUACUGCAGGAUUUAAUACCGAACUGCAGUGCCCCAGUGGAUAGGGACAAGGUGUCGGUUUUCCCGAUCAGUCCGUUUUCAUGGUUUGAGUAAGAACCUUAAUACACUUCAAAGAAGAUUAUUUUAUAUGUUUCCUUUCCAAUGUGUAUGUGUGUGGUUUUCUACCUGCCUCCUCGCAGACGUGUUGUACAUAUGCAUGUGUAGUCAGAGCGCGCCUCCUCCGAGGGUACGGGCACCCGGGCGAAGGCGCACGCCCGUGCACACCCGCGCUCGGAUGUGGACAGGGCCAUGCGUGCACGCUCCCAGGCACAGGCCGAGGGGGUGUGCACUAGGUCUGGCUCCAGACACGCUGGCGGUGGUUUCCUUUGCCUGAGAAGGGGAUUUGCAUUUGGCCUGACUCUGCUUGUGCGUUUUAGAAAGCUUAAAGCUGAAAUGCUCUCGAAAGGAUGAAUGUACAGAACAUGGAGUAUUAUCCUGGUCCUCAGCCCUAAACCUAACAUUCUUUUUUCUGUUCUUUUGUUUUCAUUUGACUGUAAGGGACGCAUCUUUCCUUGCAUGACAACUCUGCAGAAAAAUCGUAAUUCCCCAUUUUAUUGUAAGGACAAAUUGUGCAGAGAGAUUCUAUAGGAUACUGGAAGUUGAGAGGGAGGGAGGAUGUUGUGAGCUGGGGGUAGUACCAUAAAAACUGGAAGCACUGAGUACAGGUAGUAGGAGUGGUGCAUCUUUUAAACCACUAGAAGAUAUCAGCUACCGUCUACAGGACUUGUGUGUGGCAAAUUAUUCAUCAUGUGCAUUUUGUUUGCACUGUGGCAUGUCUGUAUUGCAAAACCAAUAGAGUGACACUAGACUAGCUCCCCCUCACGUAACGACUAACACGAAUCAUCAUUAAAAUGCUUUGGCUUCCCAUCAUUUUUUUUUUACCUCUCUCUCCUUUGUUUUCUGCCCCGUUUUCCCUCCGUCCCCUGCAUGCUGGCGGGCGGCUUCUUCCCCGGUGCUAACCCCGGGUGCGGAGCGGGGAGCCCUGGGGUGGGAGGGUGACCGCGCUGCCUGCCGGGGCCAGGUGCCCCCCAGCUACCCUCCCAAGCUUUCUAUCGCAUACCCAGUGUAAGUACAUUUUGCAAAUCUCUUGGCAGUUCAUUUGGCUGCUUGCUGUGUACAUAUUUUAAGGACAAUCAUAUCCAUAAAAGGAAAAUGGGAAAGUAGCUUGUAGUAGGGCGUCAGUAUUUUGAAUCAUUGCGACAUACUGACGUUGAUUCAGGGUAAUGGUUGUGUGAGAGUAAAAAUACAAUGUAAUGCUCAGAUUAACUUUGUAUUUAUACAACUCACUUUUGUCUUUAAGCCAUCUAUGGUUUUUAUUUCUAAAGGUAAUAGAAAAUUUAAUACUUACUAGGGCUUUCAAUUUUCAUGGAAAUAUAUUUGUAUAACUCCACUCAAUGCCCAAGAACAAUCACUGGAAGGAGGUUCAAAGGCUUUCUUUAGACGUAUAUUUAAUUCUUGAAAGAUCCCUGUAAAAUACUGUGAGAUGCCUAAGAACAAACAGUUAAUGGCUUUGCUGGAUUUAAAGGCUGAGACGUGAAGAGGUAAUAGUCCCGGGGCAUUCUGUGGUGGUUUGCAUUCUUAUUUAUGUUACCCUGUUCAAGCAUAUAUUUUCCUUGGCUUUGAUAGGUAUCAAGGUAGAAAUGAUGUUCUGAGUCCCAAACAUUCCCAAUGCUGUUGUCAUUUUGCUUUUCUUAAAGAGUACUUCUCUUCAUUUGUUUUGUUAUUUUGUGGUCUGAAUGAUGCUUUGUAAUUAUCAGCUUGUAUGUCAUUCAUAAAGGAUUUUAUAGAUCAGGACUUGGCAUUUAGUUAUAUGUACUCUUUGCACUUUCAGGUCACUACUGGUAAAUUUUGUAUGUUCUUAGGAUAUUUCUAUAUAUUGCAUAGUGUUUUCUAGCUAUCUGCAGUGAUUUCAGUGGUAUACAUUCCUGCCCUAUAUAUCAGCACAAAAUAUUUCCUUUUGGUAGCACGAAAUGAUGUUUUUCUGGACUUCUUUUGUCAUGAUAGGAGUUAAGUUUCCUGUACUAUAUGUGUGGCCUGCAACAGACUUAAAGGGUCUUAUUUUUCCUGUAGUGAAUAUGAAUUUUGCUCUUGCCAAUAAUAGGACUCAAACACACGUAGCAGAUUUCAGAAGAAAUUCCAUGACUAGAAUAAGAAAAAUCUAUGUUCAAUCUUAUUCCAUCAAUCACCAGCAUUUUCUUCAUCCACUGUGAAUACCCUCACUGCUAUUCAGGGUAGUAGAGGACUGGAUUUUAAAAAUUACAUGCCUAGAUGUACACUAUGAAAAUUAAUUCGCUGAUUAUUUUUUAAUGAAUCAUACUAAAUUAUUUAUCUAAGCUAAGUGAAUAUUGCACCAAAGUCUUCAAAACGUCUGAUACAGAUGGCAUUUUCAGUAAGAUGCUAUAAGUGCAGAUAAGCCAAAUUAACAGCCUUUGCUCAGCAAAGCAAAACCUUGUUGAUUCUUAAAUUUGUAGUACUGACUGAGCUUGAAGAUCAAAGGGAGCCACUGAUUCUGCCUACAUAGCCAUGCUUGAAGGUUUUUUUUUUCCAUGCUCUAAUGGACUACUUUCAGAAAAGGCUUUUCAGCAAGAUAAUGGUAUGAAAGAGACAGUUCACAGUAACAAUAGCCACUUACAAGGCAGAUGGUUAUCUAACAGCCACAAUGGGGGACUCUAAGCAAGGUGGCCUGAAAAUGUAUUUUCAUAGUUACUGAUAUGAAAGGCUGAGGCUUCUGUCUUGGAAAAACAAAUUGACACGGACUCAGAGAUGCUGCAGGAAUGAGUCUUGACACAGUUUACAUGUAACAGCUUCUGCAGGGUUUGUUUGUGUUUUUUUUUUUUUUUUUUUUUUUUUUAAUUUAUUUUGGCUUUUCCUUUUUUCUUUUUUUUUUUUUUUUGUUCAUUUGUUUGCUUUUUUUUUGCUUGUGCUUUGUUUAUGUUUUUAUUACGAUGACAUAACCCUAGGUGUCUGAGCAGAAUUGCACAACAACUGACCCUUCUGAGAUUCAAUUCUGAGAAUACACUGUCAGUUGUCUUCAGCAGCUGGGGACUGGUUCUAGCUGAACAUCCCUCCCUUCCAUUGCGGGAUGGGAGGUAUGGGAUGAUGGGAUUCCCUUGACAUGAGUCUGUGUGCUGCUUACUGUGACCGGGAGGUAUCUGAAUCUGUCUUGCUGUUUGUGUUCAGGAGGUAGUUUAUUUUUAAUUUGACUCACAGGAAUUUUUUUAGCUCAUCAUUAGCUCACAUCUUGUCUUCCUUGUGAGCACCUUGGCAUGGAAUGGUCAGCACUGAUUUGGUGUUUCCUAGGUCCCUUUCAUGUAGGCAGAAAUGGAAGAACUUGUCAUAUGCGAAGGAGUAAGCGCUAUAACCAUUUGAGCCACGUUCUGGGGGUUUUUAUUCCUGCAAAUGCAGGUUGUUAAAGCUCUUCUUGCCUCAGAGGGCUUCUCCAUCCAAAACAGUGAGUACUGUUGCCUGUGACUCCUUUUUUUUUUUUUUUUUUUUCCUCUCUGUUUCCCAUUCCCUCUCAGCCAUGCUGCAGUUGCUUGGGAGACUGAGAUUUUUGAUCUAGCCUUCCAGCACUAGAAAAGAGGAGCUGCUGCCAGUGUGUUCUUCAGGAGGUCUUUGCUCCUACUUCUUGGUCUUGAAAAAAUUAAUUCAUGUUCAGAACAAGCAGCAAAGAUAUUUAAAAUGGAGAUCUCUGCUGUAUGAUCUCAUACACGUGGGUGAAGAUAUUGAGUGAUAUUUUGCAUAGAGUGGAAUAUAUCCCUCCGCUUUUCCUGUUGUGGACAAUUUAGCAAAUCUAGCAGGGAAGCCUGUCACUCUUGUAGGAAAGCCCAGAAGCUGUUUGUUAUGGAGACUGUGCCCAGAUUUCCUUUAUCUUUAGUAAGAACUGCUUUUCUUUUUUCCUUUCUGUACAUAUUUAAAUAAAUAGAACCAAAGUUUUGAUGGAGAGAGGAAAAGGUUAAGUGCUUCACAGGGCAAGGAGUUUAAACAGCUAGGCUGAAAGGCUUCUUGUAGCAGUGGCUAAAAGAAGAAGAUUGCUUUGCCUACUUCAGCAUCACAUCCAAGCAAUGCUUUACAAUAGAAGCUAAUCCAGCUAUGGCCAGAAAGUUAGAAAACCGGCAUUUGCCAACAUGACAAUCUCUUUCCAAGGUCCAGUUCUGCGGUGACAAAGCUUCCACUGAGUCCAGUAAGAACUGGAGAAGGUCCUUGAUCUCUUAAUCUUAAGGAAAUAGGAAGUGUUUCUUAAAUAAGUCUUCCUUUUUUUGUAAAGAUGAACAUUAUUCAGGUGAUUGUGCAGUCUUUUAUAUUACUCUAGUAGUAUUUUCACUGAGCUGAAUGCAAAACAUCUUUCCAUUGUUUUUCCAUUUUAACAAGCAGCCACUCCCACACAUAAUGCCAGUGCUCAGCAUGUUUAAAUUACAGCUAAUACACUCACUGCCUUCCUUAAUUUAACCUGUGAUGAUAAAACCAGGAUCAGAUCCUUUUCAGUGCACUAAAACCCUGGCUUAUUGUGGUGGUGUUCGUGUUUUUUGAUACGGUAACUAAUGAUGCCUCCCUUUAAUUAUUACACAGCCACGUUUUAAAUCUGUUUUUAGGGAAAAUGGUAUGUAGGGACUGAAUGGUAAGAUCUUUAACCAAUUUUUAUUAUUUUGGAUGGUGUUGCAUCAAAACAGUUGCUAUUUCAGUAUCAGGUUGUUUCCAUGGGCUUUUUAUACAGAUGCAUUGGAAGCUUUGAACAUAAUGUGCUCGUAAAAGGAAAUUUGCUACAUCUGCUUUGAAUUAAGCCUGACCUUAAAAUGUAAAAGCUACACAUCUGGUGAUGUUUCUUAGUUAAUGGCAGCAAAGGGAAAGGUCUGCCCCAAGUCACCUGCACCCCGUGGACUGGGGGAGCAAGGCACUGUCCCCAGGAGAAUUUGCUGCCUGUUUCAGCAGAGGGGUGCGGGGGAUCACCAUGAAGUGUCUGCCAGGUUGGAUGGCAGCAGGAAAAGCUAGGGUUGUGGUGCUGUGCUGGGGUGGGAGGGUUGGGAAGGUGACUGGGAGAUGGGCUGAAAGCAAGGGCUGGACCUCUGGUUCUUGUGGAAAAAGAGAGUUAAACAUAUGCGGGUCAAAUCUGGCUCCUCUUUUUCUUGCAGUGAUGCUCGGAUUGCUGUGUCACACUGAGUUAGGAGCCUGACUGUGGGAGUCUGGGCGUGCUGAAGCCAGUGCUCCUGCCGGUGGACUGCAGUGUGACCGCUCGCAUCAACACCUGAGCAGUGCCCAGUGCCUUCGUUUCUGAAGGCAGUUUUAGCACAGAGACUUCCACAAAUCCCCCAUAGCACAGCACUGACCCAAGGCAUCUCAUUGCGCUUCCCUCCUCAUUUUGCCAGGGGGAUGUGAAGACCCAAGCCCUUGGCAGGGUGGUGAGCACUGGCUGCACCCUUGCAGCCUGAGGGCAAGUGGGGAGGGAGUGUAAGACACGCUGUGCAGCAGCACCACCAAGUCCUAGGUAGAGCGCAAGUCAUUUUCUGCAGCAUGUGGCUUGGUAAAAGCAAUGUUAUCCUGCUUUUCAAAAGAGGGAGCAAGACUAAAGCUGUUGCCUUUGUGCCAAGUUGAAGUAAAUCCUCUGCCGUGGGACGGAUUGCAACAGUUGGGCAAUAUCUCAGACCACCAGUAUUUCCUCUGAAAUCAGUGGAUCUCUUAGCAGUGUGGGUUGUUACUAAGAUUGAGUGAAGGUCCCAUAAUUUGGCCUCAUCUGAAUUGUCCUUGCUAUGUUUGUCAUCAGAGUCUGUCUCAGAAAAGAUCUAGUGUUGAGGCUUGUGGCCCUGUUGAAAUGGGGGAUGAGGUAUGAAUGUGGUUGGUGGAAAAUGCAGAUUCAGUAAGUCCAGAAAAUACAGCAUGGCUUCGGUCUUCUAUCACAGCCCAACUCUGCUUAAAUAUCAUGGUGUGCCUGAGGAAAACAUAGCAGGGACUGCUUCACGCUGCAUCUGACAAACUGAUGCUCUUGGGGUUUCCUACGUGCUGAAAGGGACAGAUGUGUCCUGUUACAAGUCACUUAGCCUGUUUCUGUAAGAUGUGUUAUAGCUGACAGAUCACUGUUAAUUACAAUUUUCCCUCGUAUUUUUUGUAUCAGCCACCUCCAGUAAGGUAGCAUAUGACCUAUUCAAGAUAAUGGGCAAGUAAAGCCGGAAUUCCCCAUUCUUCUUCUCUAAAUGGUUUGCUAUUAAUCUGGCAAGUCUGUGUGCACCAACUUUUUCUUAGUGAAAGCUCACAACACUCUGGGGGGUGUUUUUAUAAGAGACUGUUAGACACACUCUGCUCCUUUCCACCUCUACAAACUUCGGUGAGUAUGUCUCCUUGAAUCACUCUAUUCUUAACGUAUUUACAACCUGAUAGCAAUAGAUGUCUUUCUUCCCUGGCAGUUCACAAGGAUAUACUAAUCAGUGUUUAUUAUAUUUUUAAUUCUGUAAAUAUUUAUUUUGGUACUCUGUGUAUUUAUUGGCACUGAUUCUGGUGUUUGCUUAUGUGUCAUUGUAAACGUUGAUGGUUUCAAUAGUCUUGCUUCUAAUGAAUGUAAGGAACUCAGACUAACUGCACUUUUCUUCCAUUCAAAAAUCUUACAGUGAAAAAUAUUCCCACUGUCAUAUUAUGUGUUAUAAUGAAUACGAUUAAUAAAAUCAGUUGUCACUUUUCAUUG